ACCUCCUGCUCGUCUGCUCUGCUCUUCCGUUUCGCUUUUUUCGACGUUUCUACCUGCACGACCUUCACAUUCCCAUUCUCAUUCCACGGCUACGACCUUCACGCUUGACACGCUAGAUUUUGGAUCCAUCGCCGGACGAUACCUCACAGAUCCAAUUCUCACGACCAUGUGCUCAUCCUCCAACGUCUCAGCCGUCGCGCACGUCGUGGCCUACCUCACGAACCCCCUCCGCUCUAUGCAGACCAUCCCGCACACCAGCAUCACCUCCGCCCAGGUCAUCCUGACCGCAUCCCUCUCCGGCACGCGUGCGCCGUGCACCACCCUCACUCUGACUGUCGCGAAACCCCCGCCAGCGGUGUUCGCUGCAUCGAUCGGGUCGAAUAUUCCCUGGGCCGUGUGGUUCGCCGCGCUCGGCGGACAGGCGGACGAGACGAUCUCGAUCGUGUUCGGGCCGCGGUUCGUCAAGGCGCGGGUUGGCAAUGGAGCGGUGGUCGAUGUGUGGAGGUGGAGCCUCUCGAAUGGUGGGAGUGUCCAGGAGCAACAGGCGAAACCAGCCAAGGUGCAGGAUGCUUCUGCUACUGUUCAGGAUGAACAGCCGACUCUUUUGCGCCUUCGAGCCACUCUGUUUGCCGCGCGCAUGCGGACAAUACGCCGUCAGCCUGUGAACGAUGACGCCGCCAGCAGCAGCAGCAGCAGCUCGGACUCUGAAAGCGACUUUUCCGACUCCGAAAGCGAUACCGCUUCGUCCGUGACCUCGUAUCGGAUUUCCUCUCCCGUCCAAAAGCCUGCGCCUGCGACAGUCAGGCCCACUUUCGCCCGUCGUCUGCCAGCUCCCUCGGCUGCUGUGCAGCAGCGCUCGGCCAAACCGUCCCCGAAGGUCUCCUACCUGUACCAGGGCGGCGUGACUCUCGUCAUGACUGGCGGUGUCAUGCUCGGUGGUGCCCGCUCCUGAGGACGAAUCUUCCGACAUUUAUCUCCGAACGAUGACAAGAAACGAUUUCCUCGCUUGUAUAGACAUUCAUCAUAACCAGCGAUCAAAUAUCGUUGCUCUUCACUGUUGUGUUGUGUCGAGUUCCGCGAAUCGAAGCUGUAAUUUAGCUCGGGCAGCUGCUUGCGAAUUUCGAAGGGAUCCAGCCAAGUUCUUACACCGUGGCGGUGUCGGUGAUAACUUACCGUUCUCGUCAUCGUCCGUAGCCGAUUGGGGAUUCGUCUUUCCUUUGAUUCCUACCAACACCUCUUCUCAUCGUCGCUGGGCAAGGACCGGCCCCUUCGACUCUUUCGAAAAUGCCGUUGGUCCUGAAUAAACCCACUCGAUACGUGCUCCUCGUCCUAGGCCUGAUCCUCACCUCGCACUUCCUCCUCUCCGCCACCCACGAGCCCUACAACCGCGCGACAUCCCUCUCCUCCCUCACCGCCGGCUGGCGCAAAGAGCAGUCGAAGUACACCGACUUCGCGGUCCCUGCGCAGCCUGUGAUCGAGCCGCUGCCGAAAUGGGCCAUCGCAGGGCACAGCGGGAACUCCACGCGCGCGAACGCCACGUUCGUCAUGCUCGCGCGGAACAGCGACGUCAACGGCGCGGUGCAGAGCAUCAGGAGCAUCGAGGACCGGUUCAAUCGGGACUAUGGGUACCCGUAUGUGUUUUUGAAUGAGGAGCCGUGGACGGACGAUUUUAAGAAGCGGGUCUCAGCCGUCACUCGCGCCCCGGUUUCGUUUGGCGUCAUUCCCCGUGACUGGUGGUACCAGCCGGACUGGAUCGACGAGACCAAAGCCACGGCCGGCCGUAAAAAGAUGGAGGACCAGGGGAUCAUCUACGCCGGGAGCGUGUCCUACCGCAACAUGUGUCGCUUCAACAGCGGGUUCUUCUUCAAGCACGAGCUCCUGCUCCCGUACAAGUGGUACUGGAGGAUAGAGCCCGACGUGCACUUCCACUGCUCGCUCACGUUCGAUCCCUUCCUGUACAUGGAGGAGCAGAAGAAGGUGUACUCGUUCACGAUCGCUCUGUACGAGUGGGCGCCGACGAUCCCCACGCUCUGGGACACCGUCAAGGAUUUCAUAAAGAAGUACCCGGAAUACGUGGCACCGCGGAACGCCAUGGGCUUUGUCAGCGACGACGGCGGUGAAGGAUUUAAUAUGUGCCAUUUCUGGUCCAACUUCGAGAUCGCUGACAUGGACUUUUGGCGAGGCGAGAUCUACACCAAGUUCUUCGAAUUUCUCGAUGCGACGGGCGGGUUCUAUUACGAGCGGUGGGGCGAUGCUCCAGUCCACUCGAUCGCCGCCGCGCUUUUCCUGGACAAGUCCAAGAUCCACUUCUUCAAUGAAAUCGGCUACGAACACCCCCCGAACCAGCAUUGUCCCACUGACAACGAUGUCUGGACGAAAGGCAUGUGCGGAUGCGAUCCUGGCAAAACACAUGACUAUAAUAUGUAUUCAUGUCAGAGACAAUGGGACCGGAUCUUUGACUGAUAUAUCUACUCUACUAAUAGACUUGUACUCAUAAUUUAUCGGCUGUAGAAACUAGCGAUCAUGUCGGCGGCACUCGAUGCUGCUAGUGACUCCAGUCGGGAAAUGCGGCCAGGUGGGGAUGCAACUGUUACAG